UCAAGAAGUAUAUAAGGCGUCUGCAGGGCUGCAGAAGGCAUGUCGAAUCCCUCAAUUCACUUCAAAGAUGAAGUUAGUGAUACUUCAUCUUUCCCUCCUGGUGGCAUGUGCCUUCGGUGAAUACACUAAGGGUCUUUCUGGGAAAUUUCCUAAGCUCGAGGACAUUAAAGCAGAAGCCAAGGCACCUGAAGCCAGGUCACUCGAAGGAAUCCCUGAACCAAAAAGUGAAGAACUUCUUGGUCUUGGAUUAGGUGAUGUCCAGACCAGUUAUGGCACUGAUGGUUCUCUCGAGAAAACCCUGAGCCUUCCAGGAGGUCACGAAAUCAGCGUUGGAGUUGGAAAGGAUGGAGGAUUCGGCUAUGGCUACACUACCGAUGAACACGGUCAAAUCGGAGGACUCAGUGGUGCCUCCGGCUUUGACCUUGGUGAAGGUUAUGGCAUAAGUGAGAAGAGCCACGGACAUGGAUAUGGCCACGGAGGUGGUGGAGGUGGCGGUGGACACGGACAUGGAGGUGGACACGGACAUGGUCAUGGUCAUGGACACGGACAUGGACAUGGUGAUGGUCAUGGUCAUGGUCAUGGACAUGGACACGGCCACGGACAUGGGCACGGCCACGGACAUGGGCACGGACAUGGACACGGGCAUGGGCAUGGACACGGACACGGACAUGGGCAUGGACAUGGACACGGACACGGACAUGGGCAUGGACAUGGACAUGGGCACGGACAUGGUCACGGUCAUGGUCAUGGUCAUGGUCAUGGUCACGGUCACGGACAUGGACAUGGACAUGGUCUCGGACAUGGACAUGGGCAUGGUCAUGGACAUGGGCAUGGGCAUGGUCAUGGACACGGGCAUGGGCAUGGACACGGGCACGGACAUGGACAUGGACAUGGCCACGGACAUGGGCAUGGGCACGGACACGGACAUGGUCAUGGUCAUGGGCACGGACAUGGACAUGGACAUGGACAUGGACAUGGUCACGGUCAUGGGCAUGGGCAUGGGCACGGCCAUGGACAUGGACAUGGUCAUGGACAUGGACACGGGCAUGGUCACGGACAUGGUCACGGUCACGGUCAUGGACAUGGACACGGUCAUGGUCAUGGGCAUGGACAUGGACACGGACACGGUCACGGUCAUGGUCAUGGUCAUGGACAUGGUCACGGACACGGGCACGGACACGGUCAUGGUCACGGACAUGGGCAUGGGCACGGACAUGGGCAUGGACACGGACAUGGUCAUGGUCAUGGACACGGACACGGUCAUGGUCACGGACAUGGUCAUGGGCACGGACAUGGGCAUGGACACGGACAUGGUCAUGGUCAGGGACACGGACAUGGACAUGGGCAUGGACAUGGACAUGGGCACGGACAUGGGCAUGGACACGGGCAUGGUCAUGGUCAUGGGCACGGACAUGGUUACGCCCACGGUCAUGGUCAUGGUUUUGCUCACGAUUAUCGCUCAGGCAAUGGUAUCAUCCUUCCCCACAAUACUUUUGGCACCACCUACGAAAAGGCUCUUCCUUUCGCCAGAAGCAACGAGCCUGUGCUCAACUUGGAUGCCCAAGAAUUGGCCCACUUUGAGGGUAUCAUGAAGAACUAUUUUGGUAACGCCAACUUGCCCAUUGGUCGAUCCGCAGGUGCUCAAAUCCCUGGUGGUCCCUAUACAGGACCUGCCGGAGAGAAGCUCCCAGCUCUCACUUCAGCUGCCAAAUCACCUUGAACUAAUGUGAUAAAUAACCUGGCAUUGCCAGAUCAUCAAAUCUAAUCAUUAUUUAUUUCUUCUACGCGGAAAUGUCCGCUCCAGAGGAGGAAUGGCGGAAGUCCGUAAACAGCAAAUGUCAACUCAGUACUACAUGUUAUAUCAGUGCAUAUCCUCAUAUAAUGUGUACCUCUCGCGUCAUGUAAUGCGUUACAACUUUGUUGUCUCGCGCCAGUCUUUGGACACAUUCACUGUAGAUCAUAAAUGAAAUAAAGGUUAAUUUAUUUUAGUCAUG